GAAAAACGCAAUCGCAGAGAAGAAGGUAGCGAGCCAUCGAUGGUUGUUUAGAGAGAGAGAGAGAGAGAUGCAGACGUCACUGUUUCGACGCUUGGCUCCGUCGUUGGCAGCGAGAUUCCGACAAAACGAGAGGCUUUUAAGCUCUUCUGCUUCUGCUUCUGUUCUUCACCAUGCCACUUCUUCUUCUUCUUCUUCUUCCGUUGAGCCCGUUCACAUCACCGAAAACUGCGUUAGAAGAAUGAAGGAACUGGGAGCCAGUGAAUCAUCAGCGGAUGGAAAAAUGCUUCGUUUGAGUGUAGAAACUGGUGGAUGUUCUGGAUUUCAGUAUGCUUUUGAUCUGGAUGACAGAAUCAACUCAGACGACAGAGUUUUUGAGAGGGAAGGAAUUAAACUGGUUGUUGACAAUAUUUCAUACGAUUUUGUGAAAGGCGCAACUGUUGAUUAUGUUGAGGAGCUAAUCCGUUCAGCUUUCGUAGUGACAGAAAACCCUAGUGCAGUUGGUGGUUGCAGCUGUAAAGUUUCCUUCAUGGUGAAACAGUAGUAACUAUCAUGGAAGUACACCGUGACCCUCCGGCUCUGCUCAGAUAUUUUAUUCAGUCCUUGUGAACUAGAUUCUAUUACGAAAUAUGAUUAUUGUACCUUAAAAACAAUUGAUUGAACUGAAGAUAAAAUUUAUUGUUUGUAUAACGAAAUCAAUGUAGAUAUUGUGUAAGCAAUAAAUUAUCAGGCAUUUUCGUCUAGCCUGUUUUAA